AUGACAAAGAAGAUCGAGAGCCAUGUCGAUUGGAAGAUAAUCUUUUUGAAGCUAACAAAGAAGCUUGAAAAGAGAUUAAGUUUACCAACACUCAAAGAACAAAUCGAAGAAGACAAACACUUUAGGUCUAUGGCUCUUCCUUUACUAUUUAAAGAGUACGACGAUCUUUCUCAACUGUUCAAGAACGUAAAAGAAGAAGAGAUGCAAGAAUUGAAAAGGGUUAAGUAUAGGAAAAAUUUGGAAAUAUUCUUCUUUGAGAAUUUCUUGAAGAAGGUUGAAGCAAUGGAUUCAAAGGUCCACGAAGAGGUUAUUAACACAGUGGUCCGAUACGGAGAAGGAAACAUGACGUUAAGCGAGUUCAGAGGAAAUAUUGUGUCGAUUCUUUCGGAUCAUGAAGAUUUGGUUGGAGAGUUUCUUGAGAAUGUAGAGGAACCAAUUGAUGAUAAGGAGUAUCUUCGUCUUCGUCGUCACAAGAUUUGUUUGGAGAAAGCUUAUACACACAUGAAGAAAAAGUGUGUUUAUAGACCUAAACCGUGUGGAACUAUGAGGCGGAAACCAUACUAG